AAUAUAUGCAAUUUUGCAUAAUUUUUUAGCAACUUUUCGGGUGGGACGAUCACAUAUAAAAAGCAAAGCGAAAAAACGUUCAGUACACCGACUCGACUAGUCCACAAAAUCGCCAACAUGAAAGUAGUAGCCGUACUCUUCGCCGUUUUGGCUGUAGCUCUUGCUGCCCCACAAGGAUCCGAAAGGGACGCCCAAGUCCUCAGGAACGACUUGGACAACAUUGGUACCGAUGGAUUCAACUAUGCCUACGAAACCAGCAACAAAAUCGCCGCUCAAGAACAAGGACAAUUGAACAACAUCGGUACUGACAACGAAGCUAUUGCCGUACGUGGAUCCUUCCAAUACGUAGGACCUGACGGUCAAACCUACCAAGUCACCUACAUUGCUGAUGAAAACGGUUUCCAACCACAAGGUGCCCAUUUGCCACAAUAAAUUGUUUAUAAGUUAAAAAAUAAUAAAAACCACAAAAAAAAAUAA